CUUCCCCGCUGCUGGAGGCGAUUUUAGUCCCGUUUAGCUGGACUGUGCAGCUGAUGGCUACAGGCCACCUCUGUAUAGGGCUGGGUAAACUUGAAGAACUCUGUCUUUUUCAGUUGAAAUCUUCAUUUGUAUUGCAGCGCAGCAAACAUGCCUGAACAAAGCAAUGAUUACAGGGUGGUUGUGUUUGGAGCAGCAGGGGUUGGCAAAAGCUCUUUGGUCCUUCGUUUUGUAAGGGGAACUUUCAGGGAAACCUAUAUCCCCACAAUCGAAGAUACGUACCGGCAGGUAAUCAGCUGCGAUAAGAGCAUCUGCACCCUUCAGAUCACAGAUACCACGGGAAGCCAUCAGUUCCCUGCCAUGCAGAGGCUGUCUAUAUCCAAAGGGCAUGCUUUCAUCUUGGUGUACUCUGUCACCAGCAGGCAGUCCAUGGAAGAUCUUCAGCCCAUCUUUGAACAGAUUUGUCAGAUUAAAGGGGACAUCCAAAAAAUCCCAAUAAUGUUGGUGGGUAACAAAAGUGACGAGACCCAAAGGGAGCUGGAUGCCAGCGAGGGGCAAGCGUUAGCCAGCAAGUGGAAGUGCUCCUUUAUGGAGACAUCAGCCAAAAUGAACUACAACGUGCAGGAGCUCUUCCAGGAGCUCUUGAAUCUGGAGAAGAGGAGAACAGUCAGUCUCCAGGUGGACGGAAAGAAGUCCAAGCAGCAGAAAAAGAAAGAUAAACUGCAAGGCAAGUGCUCUGUUAUGUGAUUGACUUUGGCUGGACUUGCACCGCUGCAUGGUGUAAUCAGUGCAUGGACUCCCACAGAAAAUACAUUUCUGCUGGAGGUUUCAGACAAAUCCAUGCCUUAUAGGGCUAUUGCUUUUCUCUAAAAUCUCCACUGGAUUAUUUUAUGUGUGGGUUUUAAAGAGGAUGGCUUUCUGCAUGUUUAUUUUUUAAAAACAAUAAAUGUUUAAUGUUAGCAGUUA